AUGUCGGAUUCAAUGUAUAAUUUAGCCGUGAGUAUCUAUUUUGCCACAAUUCAUAUCGCUGAAAUUAUUCCACCAAUUCAAAUCGCUUUUGGAACAUUAGGAAAUGUUCUUAAUAUAAUUCUUUUCACUCGUCCUAAUUUACGUACUAAUCCAUGUUCAAUGUAUUUUUUAGUUGGUUCAAUUAAUAAUUUUUCAUUUAUUUAUUUAUUUUCUCUCACUGAUUAUCUUUCAUCUGUUUGGAAUAUAAAUAUACCACAAAAUACUCAGCUUUUAUGUAAAUUAAUCACUUUUAUUCGCCUUAUUCCAUUCUCUCUUCUCUUAUGGUUUCCUGUUCUUGCUAGUAUUGAUAGAUUUCUAUCGAGUUCAUCAAGAACAGAAUAUCGCCGAUUAAGUAGUUUAUCAGUAGCGAAACGAGUAACUAUAAGUAUUUAUCUUUUUUUUCUUCUUCUUCAUAUUCACAUACUUAUAUUCUUUGAAAUGGUUCCAUAUUUUAAUGACUAUACUUGUAGUAUCUCAUCGUAUGAAUACUAUACCUUCUAUAACUUUUUCGAAUCUUUUUUGGUUUGUAUUGUACCAAUCGUUUUGAUGUGCAUUUUUGGUGUAUUAAUUAUACUUAAUGUUCGUAGUACUCGUAAUCGUGUUGUUCCAAAUGGUGACAAUGUCAGAAUUGAACGAAUACGUUCUCAAGAUCGUCAAAUGGUUCGAAUGUUAUUAUCACAAAUACUGAUUACUUUCAUUAUUUCCCUUCCGUAUGUGGCUACAAUAUUGUAUUAUACAUUGGCUAUAGUGACGUUUAAAUAUGAAUUUUCACUAGUAGAAUCCAUGAUAUAUCAAUUAGCUAGUCUUUUGGCAAACUAUUUUUAUCAAACAAAUUUUGCUAUCGGAUUUUAUAUUUACACAUUGACAAGUGGAAAAUUCCGUACUGAACUGAAACACUGUCUUCUUAAUGGACUUAACAUUGUAUUAACUAAAUUAGGUGUGCAAAGAUUCAUCCCGAUGAGGAUGCAUCAAGGUUUGCAAAAUAGUACUAUAUGGCUGGCUAACUUUAGUAAUGGCCGGGGCGGAGCUGGUCCCGUUUAUCUGGUUGGUCGCUACGGUAAACAACCAGUCUAUCGAACCAGUAAUGCUGUUGUUAGUUACUUAAAAAAUCAACAAUACGAGAACAAAUUUACGAUUUUUUCCGACCUUUGGAUCCCACAAUGCGAUAUACUCCAGACAGACUUCCUCAUCCGUGACACUGUCCCUGCAUUUGUUCCCUACAUGGACAAUGUAGCGCAAGAGAAUGCCUCCAACGCUGCCGAUUCCAACAAAAACAUCAACCAUUAUCCGUCCUCACACACACCCACCCUCAAUGAUGCGCAAACCAGCUUAAAAAAUAAACACAUAUCUUAG